UUUCCGUCGUGCGGUAAUGACGUAGAGCGAGCGCUGGGUGAGGGGCGGGGCCCAGCGCAGAAACAGCCGUUCUGAUUGGCUCCCGGCUUGAAACGCGCGCGGGGCCUUCUGGGAUCCGGAAGAGGCCGCCUUUCGGCGCGGAAGUCGGCUCGCGGGAGUCGGCGCCGUGGGCCGCCCCGCGGCCCUGGGAGUAAGAUGGCGGGGAAGAAGAGCGUCCUGUCUUCUCUGGCGGUUUACGCGGAAGACUCAGAGCCCGAGUCGGACAGCGAGGCCGGAGUGGAGGCGGCGGGCAGCGCGGCUGAGGAGAAAGGCGGAUUGGUAUCGGAUGCGUACGGAGAGGACGAUUUUUCUCGCCUUGGGAAUGAUGAAGAUGGCUAUGAGGAAGAGGAGGAGGAGAACAGCAAACAAUCGGAAGAUGACGAUUCAGAGACUGAAAAACCUGAGACUGAUGACCCAAAGGAUAACCCGGAAGUAGAAAAGCGGGAUCCGCAGGAAUUAGUUGCCUCCUUUUCUGAAAGAGUCCGGAACAUGUCACCUGAUGAGAUCAAGAUCCCACCAGAGCCUCCGGGCAGAUGCUCCAACCACCUGCAGGACAAGAUCCAGAAGCUGUAUGAGCGGAAGGUGAAGGAGGGGAUGGAUAUGAACUACAUGAUCCAAAGGAAGAAAGAGUUCCGGAACCCCAGCAUCUACGAGAAGCUGAUCCAGUUCUGUGCCAUUGAUGAGCUUGGCACCAACUACCCGAAGGACAUGUUUGACCCCCAUGGCUGGUCUGAGGACUCCUAUUACGAGGCAUUAACCAAAGCCCAGAAGGUGGAAAUGGACAAACUGGAAAAGGCCAAAAAGGAGCGAACCAAAAUCGAGUUUGUGACGGGCACCAAGAAAGGCACCACGACCAGCACCACGGCCACCACCACCACCACGGCCAGCACCACCGUUGCAGACGCUCAGAAGAGAAAGAGCAAGUGGGACUCUGCCAUCCCCGUGACCACCAUAGCCCAGCCCACCAUCCUCACCACCACGGCCACCCUGCCCGCCGUGGUCACCGUGACCACCAGCGCCAGCGGCUCCAAGACCACCGUCAUCUCCGCCGUGGGCACCAUCGUGAAGAAGGCCAAGCAGUGACCCGGCACCAGCUGGGCGGCUCGGACACUCCUUCCCUUCGAGGGCAGCCGCCCCAGGGCUUGGUCAGAGAUGAGACUGCGUGAUGCCGCCCGCGGGGGGUGUGAGGACUGGGACCGCUCCCAGCGGCCGCCCCAGGGCGCCUCUGUGGCCUCCGCCAGAGGAGGCUGCAGCAGAGGCGUGGGCUGUGGACAGGGUCCCCCCGCCGCCCGGGUCCGCGCCCCAUUAAAAGUGCUGUGUUCU